AUGCCUAACGCGUACUCUAUCAUCACACGCCUACAAGAGUUGUAUGGUGAACAAAGUCGGAGUGCAAGAUAUGAGAUAUCUAAGGCACUAUUUAGGGCAAAGAUAUCUCUGGGAGGAUCAGUGGGAGAACAUGUUCUCAAAAUGAUCUCCUUGUUAGAGAAGUUGAAGGGUUUGGGGGAUGAGUUGAAUCCUCACCUCCAAAUUGAUUUGAUCCUUCAGUCUUUGCCAGAUUCGUAUGGAAAUUUCAUAUCGAAUUUCUAUAUGAAUAAAAUAGAGUGUACUCCGGCUGAGUUAAUGAACAUGCUUAUUACGGCACAAAGCAACAUGAAAACGGGUACUGUGAUGGCUGUUACCUCUUCCAGUAAGACUAGGAAGGGGAAAGGCAAGAAAAAGGCCACACAAAUUCUGGAGCAACAACUCAUGUUUGUGCUUCUGUAUAGGAUCUGGAGCAAAGUAGAAGGCUCGCAGAUGAUGAGAUCGUGCUGA